AUGUCUUCAACUACCGCUGCUUCCUCUGCAGCUUCAUCCGCCUCUGCUACUCCCUCCUCUGCUACUUCCUCUGUGGCUUCCAGCGCUAGCGGCUCUACUACAGCUUCUGAAACGGCCUCUACAAGCACGGUGACCGAUUCCAUCGUCAACCAAACGUCACAAACAAGCUCGUCAGGCAUCAGCGGCGGGGCGAUCGCUGGUAUAGUGAUUGGAAUUAUCGGAGGCUUUGUGAUUAUUGGUCUUCUGUUUGCAUGGCAAAGAAAUCGAAAAAUCAGAGGGGAAAAGGCAGCGCUGCCUGCGCCGAGAGAUGUGUCCUAUGUCCCGCCAGACAUGCGCCAGAGACAGACGUCUUCCAUGUCGGGCCUCGCAUCUCUUGGAGGUCACCACCGUACGACCAGCACCUAUUCUUCUUCAAUGCUCGCGCCCCCUCGAGCCUCUUCGACAUAUCACCACUCUGCCCCGCAUUCCCGUCAGCCAUCAUACCACUCUCCCAUGAUGACACCCAACUCCAUGCCUGUCCAUGACGGAUCACCCCCCAUGGGACCAUCUGGCUCUUCUCAGUCUUCCAAUUCUCCCUCCAUGACCCCUCAGACGCCCGGAUCUGCAUCGGGUCAUAUAACCGAAGGAGACCGACCUCCACUUGCCCCGAUCAACACUCAUGUUGGUGGCGAAAAUGCCGUUGCCGGUCCAUCCAGAAGUGGCUCGCAAUUCAACACCCCCGGUGGCUCCCCCUCCAACUCUCCCCGUACAUCUCUCAACGGUUUUCCCUCGCCCAAUCGCGGGUUUGCGAGAUCCCACAGCCAGCGACCCAUGUCGAUGAACUCGCUCUCUUCCCGGAGCUAUCUGCACGUCGGUCCGUCAGGCGGUGCGCCCCAUCAGAGGCCAGUGGUGCUCGAGAUGCCAAAGAGGUUGGGCGCGAGGCCGGAUGGGAGCGGUGAUUUCUUUUCUUCGGUAGGAAGAAUGCCGGAGAGCUCGUCGGGUCUGGGGCUGGAUGAGAUGGGCAGGGUGAAGAGAAAUUCAAGACCUAUGGAUGACUACCCAACUUCUCCCCUGCGAUCCACCCACCCGGGUCCCCCAUCUGCCCGUCGACCACUCGCCACACCGAGCUCCGAGGUCGGCCCAAGUGGUUCCCGUCCCCCAGUGCCCCGGACAACCACCGUCCGUACAGAACCACCCGAAGAUCCCCAGGUCGUCUUGGGCAGGAGCGAGCCGCCUGUCUAG